ACAUAUGGAAGGAGCCUGCAUCCCUGAGUUAAAGCUUAGAAGAAAUCCACCUGGGAGAGCCACCCAAUCAACAUCAGAAUGACAGCCCCAGCAAUGUGGAGAGGCCUGGGGCUGGCCCUGGCUCUUUGUCUCCUCCCCACGGGAGGAACAGAGAGCCAGGGGCAAAGCUCCUUUUGUAAGCAACCUCCAGCCUGGAGCAUAAAGGAUCAAGACCCCAUGCUGAACUCCUAUGGUUCAGUGACGGUGGUUGCUCUUCUUCAAGCCAGCUGAUACCUGUGCAUACUGCAGGCAUCUAGAUUGGAAGACCUGCGAGUAAAACUGGAGAAAGAAGGAUAUUCGAACAUCUCUUAUGUUGUUGUCAAUCAUCAAGGAAUCUCUUCUCGAUUAAAAUAUGUGCAUCUUAAAAAUAAGGUUUCAGAGCAUAUUCCUGUUUACCAACAAGAAGAAAACCAAACAGAUGUCUGGACUCUCUUAAAUGGAAAGAAAGAUGACUUCCUCAUAUAUGACAGAUGUGGCCGCCUUGUAUAUCAUCUUGGUUUGCCUUAUUCCUUCCUAACUUUCUCAUAUGUAGAAGACUCCAUUAAGGCUGUUUACUGUGAAAGUAAAUGUGGAAACUGCUCUCUCAAGACACUGGAAGAUGAAGGCUUCUGUAAAAAUGUGUCUUUGGCUACUGAGAAAAAACCAACCGAGGCUUCACAGCCUCAUCACCAUCACCAUCACCAUCACCAUCUUGAGAACGGUCAUCUUUCAGAGUAUCCAGUACCAGAAGCACCCGAUGACCCUGAACAUACCCCUCCUUCAGGUCUUCAUCGCGACCAUAGGCACAGGGGUCACCAACGACAGGGUCACUCAGAGAACUGAGAUACAUUACAACUGCCUCUUCCACAAAAGAAGCUCUGACUAAGGGGAUGCAUAAAUCAGUUACUCUGAAAAUUUCCCAAAGAUUCAGAAUCAGCUCUGAGUAGCUGA